AUGACGGCCCACAGUGGGUGUAAACUGUACGUGUGCCCGGAGUGCAGCCAGAGUUACAUGAGUCUGAAGUAUCACCGACUGAGCCACACCGGCGAGCGCCCGCUGUCCUGCCCAGAGUGUCCCAUGACCUUUGCCCGACCGCACAUCCUUAUGGUCCACCGGCUGAAACACACCGGGGAGACGCCGUUCUCUUGCCGGGACUGUGGGAAGCAGUUCAAACAGGGGUGCAAGCUGAAAGAACACGUUAGAAGAAAACACACCGGGGAGAAACCUUACAAAUGCUCCGAUUGCGACAAGUGCUUUGUCACUUCGGCGUCCCGUAAUGCACACAUGGUUGUCCACACGGGAGAGAAGCCGUACAAAUGCAUGGAGUGUGGUAUUAGCUACAGUCAGAGUGGGUAUCUAACGCAGCACAUGAGGAGACACACAGGGGAGAAACCGUACAAAUGCUCUGAGUGCGACAAGUGCUUUGUCAAUUCUACGUUGCGUAAAGUGCACAUGGUUGUCCACACAGGAGAGAAGCCGUACAAAUGCAUGGAGUGCUGUAAGAGCUACAGUCAGAGUGGGUCCCUGAAGAGGCACAGGUGUAAGAAGAAACCCAGGUGA